GACAUUUUAUUGACGCGCAGGCAGUUUGAAACUGUCAGAAGUGUAAAACAGUUCUGUCAAAACAGUAAAGAGGUCGAAGGGAAUUGGACGCCAAGAUGUCUUCAGAUGAGGAGAGAUACACAAGUCCUAUCAUGCCAAAAGAUUCAGACCAUGGAAGCUCAGUAUCAUCCGAUUUUCAGGAUGAAUAUGAAGAGCUUCUUCAUUAUGCUGUAGUGACUCCAAAGUUUGGGCCUGAUUUCCUUAGGCAGCAUCAGUUCAGUUCUGAACAAACCACAAGUGACAGGCAUUCAAGUUCAAAGGAAGCUGAACACGAUCAGACUUCAGGAAACAAAAACUUUACACCAAAGGAAGAUUUUUAUGAACCCUCACAAAUGCAGAUAUGGACAGACAGUAAAAAUGCAAGAACUUCUAAAGAUAACUCUCUAACAGCUGGCGUCUAUCAAGAAGCAGAGCAAGUGCUGCUCCCACAAAGCCCCUUUGCAACUGGCUUGGAGGCCUUCUCCCCUGUUCAUUCAGAAAACAUGUCACUUCAUGGCUCCGCCUCCUCAGGAUCACAGGCACAGGACAUUACCGUUACUGAGCUGCCAGUCUCUACAGAAAAUAUGAAGCAAGUUGAAAACCUGCUUGAUUUAUGGAGUGGAAAUCUUAAGAUAAAUGUAAUGGCUGAAUUAAGCAAAUGGAGACUUACCAUCAUUGAGCAACACAAAUCAGAGCUGAAAAGACAAAGUGAAAAGCACGCAGAACAUAUUACUCAGCUAAGCAAUAAGGUAGACAACCUUCAGGAGCUCCUGCAGAAUUAUGAAGUUUCCAUAAAACGAAAAGAUGAGGUAAUUUCUAAUCUAACGCAUGCCAUAGAGAAGCAAAAGGAAAAACUGGAGCUCAUGAGAACAUUCACACACUGGAGACUUCAGCAUACAGAAGCAAGACAAGAGGAUUAUGCAUCACAACUGGCAGAUAGGCAUUACAGGAGAGUGCUAAUAAAGAAUGUUUGGAAAGCUUGGCACUCUGUUCUUGAAUCAAACUGGAAGGCUAAAGUGGAGCAAGCUUGUCGAGCCCGAGCUGAAGAAAUUUGUAUUGAGCUGUCCAAUGAUUAUGAAGCCAAGGUUGCACAGUUGGCUGGUGCUCUUGGGGAAGCAAGAGCAGAAGUCCAAAGACUUCAUGAGGAAAGAGGACAUUUUGAGGGUUCCAUGAAGAAAGCAUUUAUGCGGGGUGUAUGCGCUCUGAAUAUGGAAGCAAUGACUAUGUUUCAAGGAAGAGAAAGUCGAGCGGAGCAUGCAGAUCCUCCACAAAGAAGAGACGAUCUUGGUCCCAGUCCCUCUGUUACAUUUCAGCAUCAGGCAGCCACUUCGCAACAUGAUCUUACGUUGCAGUGUCCUACAUCAGAGCAAAAUUGUAUUGCCCACUUCAAUGUUUCAAGUUCCACCCAGUCUAAGGAAGACGUAGGCACUCCAGUUGUGAUUUCUAGCACAACAUCAGGAUCAAGUAUACUGUCAACUCACAAACUGCCCAUUACAAGAGUUGUAACAUCAGGUCAGCAGAAAGCUGGGAGAACUAUAACCGCACGUGUUACUGCUCGAUCAGAUCUUGCGCAAAAGACUUUUAAGACUGGUAGCAAUAUAUCAUCACUGGGUGUUUCCCCUCCAAUGGCCUCAGUAGUGGUUGAAAAGCAUCAUCCAGUUACACAGCAGACAAUCUCUCAAGCUAUUGCUGCAAAAUAUCCUCGAUCAGCAUUGCAGAACUCAAAUUCCUUAAGUGGGAGGAGCACUAGUCAGAGUGGAAGAACUGGUGUUCACUCUAUAAAGGUUGUUGACUGAUAUAUACUGCAGAAACUUGUUUAAAAAUGCAUAUUUUGCAUUUCAUUACUGUAGUAAGGAUGUGGUGUUAAUUCCUAUUUAUUAUCAUGUUUUAUGGAAAGAUCCACUGCAAUUUAUUUGGUAAAUUUGGGCCAUGGCAUGCAAUGGCAAACCCAAUAAGUAAUAUGUGAUACCUGCAUUAUUUAUAAAACCUAUUAAAGGGACAUUUAAUUCAAAACCUUUGCCAAGCAUUUAAAAUCAGCAAUUACACUAGUUAAAAUAUGAAUCCAGAUGUGAAACGAUAUGGAAACUAGCUGAAAAUGCAUGUUUGUGCACUUUAAUACUUGUCUUUAUCUCCAUGGUGGAUUGGUGCAAAAAGCCUAUUGUUGGCGCUCAAUUAAAAAAAAACAAAAAAAAACACCAGUUAAUCCAUCUUUUAGAAACAACAAAGGCAAAUUUAUUUAACUUUGUUUUAUUAUGAAUUGAAUUACUGUGUAUUUUUAAUUGAUAGAUUCAUUUUCUUUUAAAAGACUAAUACUACAGAUUAAAGGGUGUAAAAUAUUUCUUUUAUUCGCUCAUCAUUUUUUAUGUUUUUUUUAUUUUAUUUUUUUGUGGAGUGUCUAAUAUAAAUUAUAAAACUAAUGUAAAUACUGCAGCAAUAUUAUUUUACAUAUUUUGUAAUAAUACAUUCUUUGAAAAAUACAUACUUUUUUUUUUUAUAAAUAUUUUUAAUAAAGAAUAAUUUAUUUUGUGUUA